AUGGGGCUGGUACAGGGUUAUGAAAGUGAGAGUAGUGAUGAUGGCUCAUCUGUAGCUGUGCCUAAGAGAUCGUUAAAAACAUCAAAGGCUGAAUUGAAGUCCAAAAGACUUAGGAGGAACGGGAAAGGACCAUGGGCAAAAUGGCAAGGAUCUAGUGACGAUGAGAUCGAACAAUUAUCAAAGGAUUCAAAUGCUUCUAAUUCCUUAGAUUUAGGUGGUGAUGAGGAUGCAGUGGCAUCACAAUCACUUGAAAGAACGAAAUUUGUAGGCAGUACUGAAAAAGACUAUCUGGGAAGAUGCAUUUUACACCCCCCAGUAGAUAUUCCAUUAGAAUUCAAGAAAGAACCACUAUCAUUCAGGUGCUUCCUUCCGAAAACCAAGAUAGCAGAAUACUAUGGGCAUAAGAAUGGUACUACAUCAUUACGAUUCAUACCGAAAACAGGACAUCUCUUACUUUCAGGCGGUAACGACAACAUAAUAAAACUAUGGGACUUUUAUCAUGAGAGAGAACUAUUAAGAACGUAUGAAGGUCACUCUAUGACUAUAAAGGAUUUGAACUUUACAGAUAAUGGACAUUCUUUUGCCAGUGCAUCAUUUGAUAAAUGGGUUAAGAUCUGGAACACCGAAAAAGGUAUAAUUGAUAAAAGAUUGCGUUUCAACUCUGUACCGAACUGUAUUACAUUCCACCCAAAAGACAAGAACCAACUAGUGGUAGGAUUAUCCAACUCCGAAAUACGGCACUAUGACUUGAGGCUAUCAGAAAACCAUGGGGAAGUACAGAAAUAUGAUCAUCAUCAGGGUUCUAUUUUGGCACUAAAGUACUUCCCUGAUGGUAAGAAGUUAAUCUCGUCGUCAGAAGAUAAAACGGUCAGAAUUUGGGAGAACCGAAUCAAUAUUCCUAUUAAACAAAUCAGUGGCACAGCACAACAUUCUAUGCCAUGGAUCGAUAUUAAUCCACAGGGUCAGUCUUUCUGUACACAAAGUAUGGACAACACCAUCUAUACGUACUCAAUGUUACCAAAGUAUAAAAGACACCCAAACAAGACAUUCAAAGGUCAUAAUACUACAGGUUAUGGUAUUCAUUUUGCAUUUUCUCCUGAUGGCCAAUACAUUGCAUCUGGAGACUCUAAAGGUCAGACGUUCAUCUGGGAUUGGAAAACUACCAAAUUGUUAAAGAAAUUUAAGCCAUUUUCAAAUAACCUGCCAGUAACCUGUAUUGAAUGGAAUCCUCAAGAGACAAGUAAGUUAUGUUGCGCUGGUAAUACCGGAAAAAUUGCCAUUCUGGACUAA